UUCUGAAUGUACUUCUGUACAUGAAUUACACUGUGUGAAUAUCUCACCAUUUAAAUGUAUGCUAAAGAUAUAAUUGUGAUAUCAAUGACCAAUCAUGUGCUAAUUUUGAAUUUACUGGAACUGGCUGGCACUCUCUGCCAACUCCACAGAGGAUCAGAAUUGAAACUGCCAACAAAUCAUGAAAGAGAGAAAUGAAACAGAUGUACUUCUUCAUUUCAAACACUACUUCUGUCCGGUAGUGUCUGUAGUUCUGUGAAGCUGUCAAUUUGUUGCUUUGUUUGACUUCAGCAACAGGGGGACCUUUUAAAUGUAUAUUGUAUAUGAAAAUUAAGAGAAUACAGAUUAAGUAGGCUAUUUUAUUUUUUGAUUUCAAGUGCAGGAACUUCAAGGAACAUGAAGGAUCAAUAUAAUACAUGCACAAUGACCAUCACAUGUUGGAUGCACUUGCUGCUGUUCUGUCUGUACUGCCAGUAUGAGAUCCAGCCUGCUGCAUGUAAACCUGAGUGGAUGCUACCACAGUUCCCUUGUGAUGUGACCUCCUAUAAUACCUCUAUGGUCAUUUUUGACUGUAGAGGGCGUCAUCUGGAUAGUGUACCUUCUGGCAUAACUAGCAAUGCAACUGAGCUUGACUUAUCAGAAAAUUACAUUACAAAUAUUUCAGUGAAGUCAUUUUCUAAUUUGCGGAAUCUGACUAAACUCGAUCUCAGCUGGGCAAACAAGAACCACGCAGUGAACAUUGUUGCAAAUGUUUUCAAAAAUCUGACAAAACUGAAUCAUCUGAGUCUGACUGGCAAUUGUCUGAAUGAAACUCCCAGCAAUCUCCCUCGCAGUGUGGAAAUCCUUGAGCUGAACAAUAACAAGAUUAUAUUGUUGGAUAACAGUUCAUUUGCUGGCUUAACAAAUGUGAAAAAACUGUGGUUAUCCAAAAACUGCUACUUCUGGAAUCCGUGUUGGAGAACUAUGAUUGUUAUGGACGGCAGUUUUGCAGUUAUGACCAAACUGGAGGCUCUGGAUUUGUCCUUUAACAACUUAACCCGUGUUCCCACAGGAUUACCUCCAUCAUUAACAAUGUUAAUGCUGGGUUCUAACAAAAUACCCUACAUAUCUGAAGAUGAUUUCCAUGGAUUACAUAAUUUAAAAAUCCUAAAAAUACAAGGGAACUGUCCAAGAUGUCAAAAUGCUCCAUAUCCCUGUGUGCCUUGCCAAAAGACUUCUCUUAGCAUCCAUCCUUAUGCAUUUCACAAUCUAACACAGCUUGAGACACUGCACCUGGGAGGAAACUCAUUGACCUACCUGAAUGCUUCCUGGUUUGAGAGGUUGAAUAAGCUUAAACAACUGUUCCUGUCAUUUAACUUCUUGCAAAAAGCAAUUACUGGAGAAGCUAAAUUUCUAACAUACGUUACCAAGCUAGAAAAGAUUGAUCUCUCUUUUAACUUUGCUCUCAAGCUCUACCCUACAACAUUAUAUCUUUCAAAAAACUUUGCAAAACUCCAGUCACUGAGAACUUUGCAUUUGGAAGGUUUGGUGUUCCAGACUAUUGUACAAGACACACUCAGCCCUCUGUACGGGCUCCGGAAUCUGUCUGCGCUGAAUUUAGGGACUAACUUCAUUAUUAAAUCUGAUUCCAAAAUUUUCAGCAAAUUCCAACAGCUGAAAAUGAUAUACCUUGCAGAAAACAGGCUAUAUCCCAGUCCAGUGAAAAGUAUCGCUAAUCCGAGUGAUGGAUUCCAUCAGCGCUUGGACCUUUCUAUUUCACCUUACAUAAAACCACAUACAGACUUUGCUUACGAUGUAUCACAUAGUCUUAUCAAGCAAGAGUGCUUUGACUCUGGUCGAGUGCUAAUCCUCAGCUCAAAUAAUCUGUUCUUCAUUUCUCCAAAACAAUUUGAGGGCUAUGGAAAUAUUGCAUGUCUCAACCUCUCAGGAAACGGAUUUUCGGCAGCACUUAAUGGCACAGAGUUUUCUUCACUGCCUAAUCUGACCUACCUGGACCUGUCAUUCAAUAAAAUAGAUCUUGCAUAUGACAAUGCCUUCAUAGAACUACAGAAACUAAAAGUACUAGACCUCAGUUAUAAUCCGCACUACUUCAAAUCAUACGGGGUAACACAUAAUUUGAAUUUCAUGAAAAAUCUGCCUGCUCUGAGAGUGCUGAAUAUGAGUCAUAACGCAAUUUCCAUCUUAACAACAAAACAGAUGCACAGCAAAUCAUUAUCUGAACUUCAGUUUACAGAUAAUAAUCUUGGGACUCUUUGGAAAGAGAGAGAUGGCUCAUAUGAGAUGCUUUUUACUAAUCUUACUAAUCUGACAAUUUUAGAUAUAUCCCAAAACAGAAUAACAAAGAUUCCAGAUAAUGUUUAUGAACGUUUGCCACAUAAUCUCACCAAACUACGCAUAAGCGGUAACUCCCUCACUGAUUUUAAAUGGAACAGACUGAAGUGUUUUCAUCAACUUCAAAUUUUAGACCUGAGUUUUAAUUCUUUAUCUCAUGUGAAAGGUAUAAACUCAAACAUCACCCAAAGUUUGACUUUCCUUGAUCUGAGUCAUAACCACAUUUUCCACUUGGAUGAUGGAUUUAUAAAGGGUCCGAAAAGCCUUACAACUCUUAGCCUUAGCAACAAUAAACUGACCACAAUCAAUCAAUCUACCCUCCUGUCAAUAUCAAAUAAUCAGAUUAAGACUUUGUUCUUGCAGCAAAACCCAUUCCAGUGUACCUGUUAUUCAUUUGAGUUCAUUCUGUGGAUUGAAAAUAGUAAUGUAAAGAUCCCGAGACUGACCACUAAGGUGAAAUGUGCCACACCAGAAAACCAGAAGGGUAGAGCACUAAUAUACUUUGACAUUAACCAGUGUGUUAAUGACAGUCAGGCAUUCCAGAUCUACAUUCUUAUCACUUCCUUUAUUUUUGCUUUUAUGUUUGUGACAACUGUUGCUCACUUAUUUUACUGGGAUGCUUCAUAUGUCGUACACUUUAUGAAAGCUAGGUUAAAGGGAUACAGAUCCUUGAACUCACCAGAGAGUGUUUAUGAUGUCUUUGUGACUUAUGACACCAGAGAUCCACAUGUCUCUGAGUGGGUGAUGAAAAAUCUGCGGGUGAAACUGGAAGAGGAAGGAGAGACACAUCUCCCUUUAUGUCUGGAGGAGAGGGAUUGGCCCCUAGGAGUCCCCCUGGUGGACAACCUCACUCAGAGCAUCCAAUACAGUCGCAAAACCCUUUUUGUCUUAACAGAGGGCUACGUUAAGACUGGGGUUUUCAAGCUAGCAAUGUAUCUGGCCCAUCAAAGACUGCUGGAUGAAAAUGUGGAUGUGAUUGUGCUGCUGAUGCUAGAGCCCGUCCUACAGCACUCUCACUUCCUCCGUCUGAGGAGGAGGCUGUGUGAGAAAAGUGUUGUAGAGUGGCCGAGAGCAGCAGCUGCAGAGGCUUGGUUUUGGCAAAAUCUGCGGAGUGUUGUCAGAGUAGACAAUCAGAUUAUGUACAACAAGACUUAUUCAAAGUACUUCACCAACAAGUGAAACAGGACAAAGAUCAAUGCUGACUGUCCGGGAAUGAUUUAUACAUAUGUGAAGAGUAACAUCUGUAACUUGUUUUUAAACCACUGUCCUAUAGCAAUGCUGGUUUGGUUCUUCACACUAUUAUCAUUCUGCCUGACAAGAAUACAAGACGACGGAAGAUAUGAUUCCUUAAGUUUUGUAGUAUGUUAAAGCUACAAUGCUUCUGAAUCUCUUGUACAUUAAUAAAUCUGUUAAUUCAAAA